AUGUCUUCCGACGAUGCUCCAUCUGUACCCCAACACAAACUUUCUUCAACUAGCUUUGCAGAUGUGUUUAAAACGCUAGCCGUUGGUCGUCCGAAAUCACACUCCCCCGUAUCCAUCCCGGAAAGCAACAGCGACUCAAUAUCACACCAUCGACAAGUCCUUGGACUCGACCUCAUGCAUCGUGCCAGUGUUGUGUCCAGCUCCUCGGACACGCCGAGUGCUCCGGACAUUGACAGUUCCCUCCGGAACUUGGCGCAGAGACAAAACCUCGUCCAUGCUAUCGAGGAGGCUGAAUUAAUAUCAAAGUCUAUUUCUUGGUUUACUCCAGAACAAUCAGUGGGGCUGUGGGAGGCGGGGGAGUACUUGUUGCAUCAUGAAUCUUCCGUCGAUGCCCAAAAAAGUGGGGCCAAGCUUCUAGAAGCAGUUGCCAGUCGUCAGGAUCUAAGCCCAUCGGCCAGGCGCCUGAUAUUUGAAUCAAUUGCUUGCCCCACUGAAGCAGACGUUAUUGCCUCGCGCGUUCAGUCACUGAUCUCAUUGUCGGAUCAUGGUCGGAAAUUGGACUUCACGACCACUUCAAUUCUUCAUAUUAUCUCUUCUUGGAUUGUCCCCCUCUAUGGAGUUAUCGCCACGACACGUUCCAAAGCGAAAAAAGGAAAGUCAGCACAUCUAAAUGGGACUGGGCACGAAGAGGCUGUCCUUGGCGAUCUUUUGCAAUUCGCUGUAGAUCUGGUGACACUGCAACGCAAACCCCCGACGCAGGAAGAGAUCGAAUUGCUCCUCACGGAAACGUUCGCGGUUUGCAGAAAGACCAGUGUCGCAAAUGACAUCAAGAAUGCUCUGUCCGUCUUUGAUGCCGUCAUCGUUUAUGCGGAUGUCCCUGACAAGAGUUUUGCCCCUCUGCUGGAAGUUCUUUGCAGCAUCCACGCGUCUGUCAAGUCUCUCUCUGGACCUACUUCUCGGUCAGUGCGUAGCUUGGCCAAAUCUAGAAGACAGGAGGAGAUGCUCACUACUCUCCAUGGCUUCAUGAGAGAAAGUACUGACAAUGACUCCUCCCGCAAUAUGAAUGUCAUUCGUGGAACCCUCUAUGUCUUUUCUGACCUGGUUCAUGCCUACGGUCAAGGUGGCAUGCCUCAAAUUCCGUUUGAGCAAUUGAUCGACUCACUUAUGAUCGUUGCUCAGAAGGAUGACGGUAGAGUUGACGCCGAUAUUCUGGACUUGUGUCUGAAUAUUUUGGAGGGGGAUUACACAAGCAUCGCUCUAAGAUGUGACUGGACAAGUUUCAUUAGCCUUUUGGUUCUUUGCUCUCGAAGGGUCUUUCAAGAAACCGAAGAUUCAAUUGUAUCGCCGACAAGCCCGCAGCAGACGCCUCCUAAGAGUACGCAUGACGAUAUAAAAUCGAACAUUCUGGCAGACAUUAUCCAGAUUGCUUCCGUUCUCGAAUCACUCUGGGAGCAACUCAAUCAAGAACAAAGACAACAGGCUGUCCGGUUUCUAUCUAGAAGCCACCAGCAUAUUGAACCUUCUCAGUCCGAGCUAAUCAUCAAUAUGAUGAGAGAAGAUCAAUCUUUCCGUCCCGCUGAGGGUGAAGUUUGGGUUCAACGUUCUCGGGACCUGAUUGAACGUUUUAUACAACCUCGAAAGCAGUCUUCUGAUAUUCGGAUCAUGGCUCUGGAUACCUUGAAAGAAUCUCUUUCUGGAAAUGAACAGCUCAUCUUUUCCGAUGAACAUGGCCUUUUGACCCUCCUUCUGCAAGACUUCUCAGCUGAACAUGAUCUGCUGUUUUUAGAGUCUCUCGUGUCUUUUUUAACUGAGCCCGCUAUCCAUAUCAACGACGACGGCGUAUUCAAGCGGCUGGUGGACACUUUGAGUUUGCCGAUGAAACAUGACCUCAUCAAAGAUGAUCCCCGACAGACCUCCAGUUAUGCGCCUUCAUCACGCCGUACUUCCACAACGAGUGUGCUGGAGCUGACUUUGGCCAAUGUAUGCGCUGUGGGUCUUGUGAAAAUGAUGCUUCGUACUUUGAAUUCCUCUGCUCCAAAGUCGGUCAUUAUCUAUGAGUCCCUUCUACAAAUCGCACAGUCUGCAGACCGCCCAACAGAUUCUCGCCUCACCGUCUUGAAGCUGCUCUUCCGGCUCCGCUGUGAUUCGGCUGGUUCUGUCUCUGUAGUAUCGACCUCAGAGGGUGAUUUCUUGAUGAAUGUUCUGGGUCGCAACAUCGAUGUCGGCUCGAAAACCAGAGGUCCCGGUGAUAGCCCCUUGAGAGAAGCUCAACAUGAGAACGUACCUCCCCUUCCCAGCAGCAAGUUGAUCGGCAAAGAUCUUCCAGCCUCGGUUUUGUCCAAGUCAGGUCCAGGUCGAGGCUCAAUUUCUUCCCGCUCAUUAAGGUUGACACCUCCCGUUUGGACUCAUGCUUUGCCGCAAGUCCUUCCUGAGCAGCCACCUGGAGAAUCCAGCCCAUUGGUUUAUGCGCACGCACAGACAGAGGCUCAGAGCCCUGACACUGAAGCCACCCCAGCACAAGUUGGUAUCCUCAAAGUCAACAUGUGGCUUGAAGUUGUGAUCUCAUUACUCCAACGGGAAACCGACUGGGAUAUUUACAGCUACGUUCUCACCCACCUUGGCCCUCAGCUUGGCAACAAGGAAUUUUUUAAGAAUUCAAGUCCUCAGAUCAAGCUGCUGCGCAGUAUUCUCUGCGACCAGGUUAAGAAUGAGACUUUCCAUGAGCCGCCUGGCCUUACUGGCCUGAAAAAGAGCGAUGUCGCUGCUUGCAUCUUUGAUGCGCUAAGCAUGCUCAUCAGUUACCACGAGCAUUUCGCGAAAAGUGAAGAAGAUGAUCUCGUCAGAGCUUUUAUGGCUGGAAUCAUCGGGUCCUGGGGUGCCACAUCUCGUGGCUGCAUCCAGGCGCUUUCUCUUUGCUGUCACGAAAUUCCAGCGUCUGUGACCAAGUCCUUGAUGAGCAUUCUCGACAGAAUGUCUAAAGUGAUCACUAUGUCGAACUUGGCUGUUCAUAUACUGGAGUUCUUGGCCCUUCUUGCUCGCCUACCCGAUGUCUACAUCAACCUCCGUGAAGAAGAGAUUCGUACUGUCUUUGGGAUUUGUAUUCGAUUUUUGCAGACCUCGCGAGAACAGCGUUACAAAGCUGCUGAAUCCCCCACUGCCCGUGGUGGUCCACAGCAAGUUCCAUCAAGACUAAGUGCUGGCGCACGAGAAAUCGCUACAGGCGUGGCAGAGGCAGCAGAGAAUUCUUCGGCAGACGCCAUGUCCAGCUAUAUCAUGAGUCUCACCUAUCAUGUUAUGAUCUUCUGGUAUAUUUCUCUGAAGCUCCAGGACCGUUCGAAACAUGUCAACUGGAUCACCAGCCGACUUAUUUUCCGUGACGAGCAAGGCAAGGAGGUUGUUGAAGAACAAAGCCAGGUGUUUAUCGACUUGAUGCAACGCGUCGCUUUCUCAGAUUUGGGCGAGACUGUUCCAUUUGAAACUUUCCCUCCCACUCCUGAGGACGGUCCAGUGUCCAAGAAGUCCUGGGUCUUAGGCUUGAGCAUUGUCACCGUUGAGACUGCCGGCGUCUCUGGGCUGACCCAAAUUUCGAAACGCCAGGCAUCAGGCACAACAUAUCUCGUAUACCAACAGCGAACGGCGCCUGUUCUACCUCACCAGGUUCCUCCGACGCCAGAUGCACACUUACACUCGGACGAUAUGCGAACGGCAGUUCUUCCCAGUCAUGUCAUGCUUCAAAUGACUACAUCGGCAUUCCCCACGCCAAUGGUGAUGCAGCCUAUCCCCGUCCCCGAAGACGAUAUUACUCGGCGGGCGAUUGCUAGCUUUGACCGAACCGACAUUGUGGACGGACAUCGGGUUGGAGUGGUUUAUCUUGAGAAUGGUCAAAGCAAGGAAGCCGAAAUCCUUGCCAAUACUGUUGGCUCUCCAGACUACGAACACUUCUUGUCCGGUCUAGGCACCAAAGUAUCGCUUCGAAAUGCCCAAUUCAAUACUCAGGGCCUUUAUGCCGACACCGAUGGCGAAGCUACUUAUGCUUGGCGAGACAGGGUAACCGAAAUCGUUUAUCAUGUUGCGACGAUGAUGCCCACUAAUCUUGAGCACGAUCCCGCUUGUAUCAACAAAAAGCGCAACAUUGGCAAUAACUUCGUCACCAUCGUUUUCAAUCGAUCCAACCUCCCUUUCAACUUUGAAACCAUUCCAUCCGAGUUCAACUCGAUCAACAUCGUGAUCACGCCUUCUAGUCGUAUCGCCUAUGACGAGUCCGGUGCUGUUAAGGGAGAAACCGACCCGGAUAAACUUUACUACAGUGUCCGGGUGAUGAGCAAGCCCGGUUUCCCUGAUGUCUCAGCCGCUGCCGCUCCCAAGGUCAUCUCCGGCAAAAACCUGGCAUCUUUUGUCCGCAUCCUGGCUCUCAGUGCAUCCGCUUUCUCGCUCGUGUGGAACAACAAAGGUGGCGAACAUACCUCGUCUUGGCGAACUCGUCUCCGUGAAAUCAAGAAGGUCCGCGAACGUGCUUUGAACGCACAGGCCCAGGGCUCCGCCGAAGCUGCUGAAGGGGCUUAUCCGGGUCAACGCCGCAACACGAAGCCAAAUAUAUUCUCAGAGGAACUUCCCACGCGAACUGCCCCAGUCCGAUCAGAUUUUGCCACAGAAUGGGAAAGUGCUUCGGAGGGCAAUAUUCUCCAGAAUUUGGAUUUCUCUCGCUGGGGCCGCUAG